AUGUCAGCGAUUUCCCUUCAUCAAGAGUCUUCACACAACUCCGAUGAGUUCCUCAUGGAAGACGACCUCUUCUUCUCCGGCAGAGACUCAUGGGGUCGAGAGCGGUCCUCUCAGUUGGACAAGAACUUUGACUUAGACGGAGGAGCUCAAGUCAGCCAUGGACGCAAGUACAUCUACAUCAUUGAAGAGAGCAUGGUUUUGUCAUCUUGCUUCAAGCUGAGGGAUGCCGAGUUGCUCCCAGAAUCCAGAAAAAUUCUCUGCCACGGACCCGAAGGAAUGCUCCUUUCGAACGUCACGGCUUCCCUGAGGAAGAGUAGGAAAAUGUAG